GCCUUCCAUACUGCGUAUCACCCACAAAGCAGCGGUAGAGUAGAGCGACUCAACGGCACAAUUAAAUCAAAAAUACAGAAGGCCAUGGCUGAACUGAAAAAGCCAUGGACAGAGUGUCUACCCUUGGCACUUUUCUCCAUCCGGUAUACACCUAACCGGAAGACAGGCCUGAGUCCAUAUGAAGUACUCUUUGGGAAUGCCCCUAGACUAGGACUCUAUUUUCCACAGCAACUCCAGAUGCAGCAUAAUAGUCUUUCAAAGUACGUUAUCUGUCUUACAAACAGACUGUCUAAUGUGUAUUCCCAAGUUUUUGCUUCUCUUCCAGAUCCAGACAGCAUAGAGGCAACUCAUUCUCUACAACCAGGAGAUUGGGUAGUGGUGAAACGACACGUGCGGAAAGUUCUAGAACCACGAUUUGAGGGUCCACAUCAAGUACUGUUAACCACCGCCACUGCUGUCAAGUUGGAAGGAAAGCCUAAUUGGGUCCACGCAUCACACUGCAAAAAAGUACCAGAACCUCAAGUGCUGGAAUGACUGCAAGGGCCAGAUUCGUGAAUUAUACCCGAGAUGCAGUAAAAGGAAUAUCGGAACAACUGAGCUCUUCAUCGGUGAUGGCGUUACAGAAUCGACUGGCCCUCGACAUGAUCCUAGCGGAAAAAGGAGGCGUCUGCAAGAUGAUCGGAAGUUCCUGCUGCACCUUCAUUCCGAACAACACUGCCCCUGACGGAAGCAUCACAAAGGCUUUGAAUGGACUGACUUCGUUAUCAAAUGAACUAGAGGAAAACUCUGGAAUCAACAACCCCAUUAAUUCAUGGCUAGAACAGUGGUUUGGGAACUGGUCUAAUGUGUUAGCCAAUAUGUUAAUGACACUGGUGGUAGUACUUGUAGUAUUGGCAUUAAUAGGGUGUUGCGUGAUUCCUUGUUUUAGGAAAAUUGUUUUUAAAAUGUUCAACUCAACCACACCUGCAACAACCAUGUACAUGCAUUGUGAAACUGACAAACCUAAAGAUUAUUUGGAGAACCUCUUUGAGGAACGCGAUUCCAUCCUAAAACAAAUGAAAUCUUGUUGA